AAAUACUUGCCUUGAAAGGUUUAUGUAGGUGUAGCAAAAUUGAAAUCCAUCAACAAUGUCGGGAAGCAGACUAGAUGGCAAGGUAGUAAUCAUAACAGGUGGAGCUAGUGGGAUUGGAGCCGAAGCCGCUAGGCUCUUCACUGAGCACGGAGCUAAGGUGGUCAUCGUCGACUUACAAGAAGAGCUUGGUCUAAGCGUUGCUCUUUCCAUCGGGAAAGAAAAGGUUACUUACUACCACUGCGAUGUUACAAACGAGAUGGAAGUGGAGAACGCCGUUAAGUUCACCGUCGGGAAGUACGGAAAACUAGACGUUCUGUUAAGUAACGCCGGUAUCAUGGACCAGCCGGGGAGCGUCCUCGACAUGAAUCUCGAACAGUUUGACCGAAUAAUGUCGGUAAACGUUCGUGGUGCGGCCGCGUUUAUAAAACACGCUGCGCGAGCCAUGGUGGUGAGAGGCACGCGUGGGUCCAUCAUAUGUAUGACGAGUUGUGCCGCAGAGAUCGGUGGCUCGGGAGCUCAUGCUUACACGGCAUCGAAACAUGGGCUUCUUGGGCUGGUUAGGUCGGCUUGCGGGGAUUUAGGAAAAUAUGGGAUUAGAGUUAACGGCGUCGCACCGUAUGCGGUGGCGACGAGCAUGAAUAGCUCCGAUGAGGAAACGGCGAGGACGGUGGAGGAAUAUUUUGCAGCCGCAGGGAUUCUCAAAGGGGUGGUGCUUAAGGUUGGCCACGUUGCUCAGGCUGCUUUGUUCCUGGCUUCGGAUGAUUCGGCUUACGUUAGUGGCCACAACCUCGUCGUUGAUGGUGGUUAUAGUGUCGUUAAGAACGUGGAUUUGGACUUUUCUAAACAAUAAAUCCAGCAUUUUCUUGUUAUGUCGCUUUUCUUCACCAAUCGGGACUUUUGCUUUUGAAUAAUCUUGGUGUUGAAAAAAAAAAAAGAAAUGGUAUAGAAAAAUAAAAUACAAGAUCA